AUGGAGCAACAGCAACAGCAACAACAACAACAACAGGAGUAUCAUCCACCACCUGCAACAACGACGACGAUGGAACCGAAGCAACCGGCGAUUGUUCGCCCUCCUUUAACCGCCGAGGAGGAGGAGUUUCACCAAGCGCAAGUCGUCCGGCCGUACGUCCAGCGGCAACACCAACAACAUCAUCAUCAAUCACAUCCGCAACACGUUCCCCAAACGUUCGCAACCCCAUCCGCUGCUUUGGCGACGCAACAGAUGCACCAACAACAACGCAUUCAACAAAAUCAACAACAACAACAAAAUCACAACGCGCCGACAAACGGCCCACAAACGUUACCCCCACCACGAACCGGACACCCGGACUUGAACCACGACCACAAAGACAUCUCCACGGAAUUGAUUCAAAAAUACUUGGACGAAAAUCAAAAUCUGAUCUUGGCUAUUCUGGAGAACCAAAACGUCGGGAGGCUGGCGGAGUGCGCGAGGUAUCAAAAUCGUCUGCAACAGAAUUUGAUGUACCUGGCGAGCAUAGCGGACGAGUGA